AUGACCCCGAAAAGUACUGCCACUGGCUCUACUCCGUCAUCUCGCCUGGAUCGAUCGCGCGUUCGGUCCCAGAUAUCCGCCUUCCUCCACCUUUCCGACAUCUGGUCUGGUCUGGUUACCCGCUCCGAACCAUACCAUCAGAAACCAGCCCUCCAGUCCGUAUCAGGCAAUUCCCUGCAUCCUUCUCCCAAAUCCCGUCACGAACGCGAGAGCCACUGCGCGAUAGUAUCACCGCCCGCCGAGCAAGCAAUCGAUCCGCGUUUCCUGGGAGACCACCCUCACUCCACCCUCGUCCGAGCGCCCUCGAAACCGUGCUGGAUUUGUGAAGCGAGUCCUCCCCAAGCAAACCCUGUUGCGUCGCUUGUGGCACCGACGCAUCCGCCCUCAUUCGACGCAUCCCCGCCCGAUUUCCGCCCGCACGGCUUGGAGGAAACACAACCCGCGUGUGCGUUGCAGAAAGAAUUCUCCUCUUGGUCCUUGCUCGCGAGUUUGCUGCGCUUUGGUUUCGCCUGCAUCGCUGCACGGAGCGAAAUCCACCGAGUUGCCCAGCUCCACAUUCGCGACGCCGUGUUUCCAUCGCGCAAAUUCGUCGAACAACAGAGUCGGCGAGAUUUGCAAAGUUUCUUUGAACGAAUCAUCGAAAUGGCAGUCGUCAUAUUGGCAGAGGCGCCGGCGCCGUGGUACGGGUUAAAACAAAGUCUCCAGCUGGCGAAGACUGGAACGGUUGAUGCCAAACAUGAGAAGUGGAAUGGCGAUGGGUGGACGGUGGCAUAUGGGCUGUUUACAUUGUGGACGCAAGCGUUGCACGAUUUGGAGAAUGAGCUGGCGCAGCUUAAUGUUGAGAAGCGAAGUUCGGAUGCGAAACUGAAACCCCUUCGACUUCCUUCACUGUUACCUGCAUUCCCGACCGAACAAGAGAAGGAGGACGAAUCCGAAUAUCCGGCUGAUGUACCGACCGACUAUACAAGUACCUCUACUCUGGCUACGGUGAGGCUCUACGACUCCCCCUUGUUGCUGGACCCUGGCUUCACCAAUAGCUCCGAACCAAGCGACAAGCGGGACGAGACUAUCGAUUGGUCCGACCUUGGCGGUCUGCGCCAGUGCGCGAACAAGAAGAAGGCAAAACAAGCACAAGCGAAAGCGAAAGCCGCCAAGUGGUCAGGUGAAGGCGAGGAGGAGAAGAAAGAAGAAGAACCCGCUGGCGAUGGUGGGGAUGGGAAUGAUGCUGGCGAUAUGGGUGGGGGUGGAGGAGGUGGCGAUGAGGGCAAUGGAGAUAACUGGGACGAUUGGGGUAACUCCGGCAAGAAGGAUAAGAAGGGGGCCAAGAAAAAGAAGCAGCAGGAAGAGGAGGCGGAACGGCUGAAGAAAGAGGAGGAGGAGGAGGAGGAACGACGGAAGAAGGAAGAAGAGGAGGAGGCUGCAAAGGCUGCCGAGGCGGCGAAGGAGGCGGAUCCGUUGGACGAUUUUGGCGGAUGGGGAACCACGGCCAGCAAGAAGAAGAAGAAGGGCAAAAAGGGCCAGAAGGAAGACCCUCCUCCGGCCGAUACGAACAAGUUCAUGGACAUCAAUUUGGACGAUGCCUCGUCUCCUAAGAACGGUGACGAUGACGCACCUAAACUUGGUGAUCUCGGUCUCGACAGCGGCAACACCAAAUCGAGCCUCGACUUCGGCUCUGGCUGGGGCGGGGGCGGGGGCGGUUGGGGAUCUUCCAAGUGGGGCCUUGGUGGCGCGGAGGAGAGCAAGCCAAAGACAUCCACGUUUGGCGACAAUUUCUGGGAUAGCGUGGAUGGCAACGACAAUAAGAAGAAGGACGAGGAGGAGGACGCGGGCUUUUCUUGGGGCAAUUCGACUCGGAAGAACAAGACCACGAUAUCUACUGGGUUUGACUUUGGUUUCGAGGAGGAAGAGGAGGAGAGUAAAAAGGAGGAGAAGGCUUCCGACCCUUGGGGGUUAGGCGGCGUCUCCAAGAAGGACAAAAAGAAAGGCUUCGGCUUUCUCGAAGAUGAUGAGCCCGAUACGACCAAAGACGUUGCUGUGGCGGCUGCAGCCGAUGGCAAAAGUUCGACCGAUAUCUGGGGUUCUUCUGGCUGGGGGACAACAACCAAGGCUGACAAAAAGAAGAAGAAGGGGAGGAACGCCAUCGAGGAGUUCGAAGACCCCCCACCUCCCAAAGAAGAGCCCAAGGUUGAGGACGACCUGUGGGGUUCCAGUGCCAAGAAGAGCAAGAAGAAAGGCAAGAAUGCCAUCCUGGAAGUCGAAGAACCUCCUCCUUCCCCUCCUAAAGAAGAAGAGACCAAGAUUGAGGACGAUGGCUGGGGAUUCAGUACGAAGAAGAGCAAGAAGAAGGGCAAGAAUGUUAUCGCGGAGGUCGAAGAACCUCCCCCUCCCAAAGAAGAAGAGCCUAAGGUUGAGGACGACGGCUGGGGGUUCAGCACGAAGAAGAGUAAGAAGAAGGGCAAAAAUGUCAUUGCGGAGGUCGAAGAACUUCCUCCUAAAGAAGAAGAACUCAAGGUAGAGGAGGAUGACUGGGCAACUAGUACGAAGAAGAGCAAGAAGAAGGGCAAAAAUGACAUCGAGGAGGUUGAAGAGCCUCCUCCCGAAGAGGAAGAGCCUAAGGUUGAGGAAGACACAUGGGGUUUCAGCAGCACCAAGAAGAGUAAGAAGAAAGGAAAGAAUGUCAUCGAGGAGGUCCAAGAACCCCCCCCUUCCAAAGAAGAGGAGCCCAAGGUUGAGGACGACGCCUGGGGGUUCACCACCAGCAAGAAGGGCAAGAAGAAGGGCAAGAAUGCCAUUUUGGAGGUAGAAGAGCUGUUGCCUCCUCCGAAAGAGGAAGAACCGAAGAUUGAGGAUGACACCUGGGGCUUCAGCAGCAAGAAGAGUAAGAAGAAGGGCAAAUCAGCCCCCGAACCGGUCAAACCUGCCGAACCCGAACCUGUUCCCGAGCCCGAGCCUGAGCCCGAAAUGACUUUCGAUGAUUGGGCGCCUACCCCGACUGUCGGAAAGAAGGGCAAGAAAGGGUCCAAAGCCACCAAGGCCCCGGAUCCCGAUCCCGAACCCGAACCGGAGCCCGUGAAAGUGGAAGAUAAAGAUGACUGGGGGGAUGCAUGGGGCUCGAUCAAGUCAAAGAAGAAAGGCAAAAAAUCCCUUGCGGUCGAGGAGCCGAUCGUGGAAAAGGAUGAUCCGCCGAAAGUUGAGAGCAAAGCUGACAAGAAGAAGAAACGCAACUCCAUCGCCAACGCAUCGAUUCCAGACGAAGAUCCCCCUCCGGAGAUUCCUGAUAUUGCCGAGGAGGAAGACAAGGGGGAGCCGGAGGAGGCUAGCAGCAGCUUCUGGGGUCUGACCUCCGGAUUUUCUUGGGGUUCCAAAGGCAAAAAGGAUGACAAAACCAAGAAAGCGGCCGCAAAGGAGUCGGAUGAUCUACUUGACUUGAUCGGGAGUAAACAGGAAGACUCGCUUGAGAAAUACACAUCUCACGACAGCGCCCGAACCAUGAAGCCCGAUGCGGUUGACGAAGGCAAUGGCGGCGACGACGACUUGUUCAGUUCUGGGUUCAAAACAACAUCGAAAAAGGACAAGAAAUCCAAGAAGACGAGCAAGUAUGAUCCGGUUGAAGUGGUAGACGAUUACGCCAGUAAGAUCGAGACCCAAAAGCCCGACGAUGUCAAAAGUCAGGCGGAUGAGGAGCCCGAAGGAUUCGUCAUGAUGACCAAAAAGGAGAAGCGCAAAGCCGCUGCCAAGAAAGCGACCAAGGAAAUCGAAGCACCUCCAGUGCCCCUGGCCGAUGAAGUUGAAGAGGACGUUCCACCACCAAAGUCCGUUGAACCGCCGCCUGCCGACGACCUAUGGGGGGCGCCCGUCAAAGGCAAGAAGGGCAAGAAAGGUGCCAAGCUGACGAAGACGUCGACCAAAGACAGCGAGAAGUCCAAGGUCGCUGAAGAAGAACCGAUAGCUGAGGAACCCAAAGACAUGCUCGAUGAGCUUCUCAGGACCGACACCAAAUCAUCGACAGACAGCAAGAAGAAAAAGAAGUCAAAGGUAUCCGAUUGGGCGAUCCUUGACGACCCUGUGCUCGAAGAUCCCCCUGAGCCCGAACCCGCCCCCGAAGAGGAGAAGAAGAAAAAGAAAGAAGAACCCAAGAAGAGUAGUAUGUUCAGUUGGGGCUCCAGCACAACACCGAAAGCGAAGACGAAGAAGGAGAGGGAGAAGGAGGAAAAGGAGCGGAAAGCACAGGAGGAACAGGAGAGGGAAGAACAGGAGCGGUUGGAUCAGGAGGAACAAGAACGCCUCGAGAAGGAAGAACAGGAGCGGAAGGAGCAGGAGGAAACGGAGCGCAAGGAGAAGGAAGAGGCAGCGGAACAGGCCAAGCUCGCAAAGAUGAAGCCGCUGGCACGCAGAAAGUAUCUCAGGGAGAAAGCCGAAAGGGAAAAGGCCGAAGCUGCUGCUAAGGAGAAAGAGGAGGAGGAGGCCAAGGCCAAGGAAGAGGCUGACAAAGCAGCAGCGGAGGAGGAAAGAGCGGCGGAGGAGGCUUUGGCUGAGAUCGAGAAGGAAGAAGCCGCAGCCACAACUGCCAAGGCGGGAUCAUUCUGGGGAAUCUCGCUUAAAUCCGCUAAUAAAGCGGCUAAGUCCGACGCCACCAACCCCCUGUCGAAAUCCAAGGCAGCAGCCAAUGACAGGGAAGGUGCCACGGACGCGGGCGAGAACCUUCUAGGCGACGCGGACUACGACGCGCCCCAUGCUGACGAAGACCCGCCUCCUCCCAAGUCCGUCGCCGAUGACUGGGGGACUUUGACAAAGGCCACUUCAGCAUCCAAAGCCACGUCCAAGAAACUCACCAAGAAGGAAGAGAAGAAGUUGAAGAAGAAGGCGCCUAUUCCUGAACCCGAGCCUGAACCCGAACCCGAAGUGGAAGAGCCAGAGCCAGAGCCAGAGCCAGAGCCAGAACCUGAGGUCGUUGUGUCCAGCAAGAAACUCAAGAAGGGCGCAAAAGAAACGGCGAAGUCGAAGAAGAAAGAAGUGAGUCCGCCGCCUGAGGAACCGAAAGUCGAGCUCCCUGUCGAACCACCCCCGAAGACUGCCAAAGAAGUCGCGAAGUCGAAGAAGAAGAAGGGAGUUAAUAUACUACUCGAGGAAUCGAAACUCGAGAUCCCAGUCGAACCGCCGCGAAAGAGCUCUUCUCCUGUGCCUGGAGGAUUCCCCGACGACGACGACGAAGACGAGGAACCUGCCAAAGAAGAAGAGAAAGAACUCGAGAAGAAAGCGGAGAGAAUGCCUGCUGCUUCAGCGAAACUCGCCCGAAAGUCUACGCUCAAAAAGACCACCAAAUCGUCGAAGUCACCACCGAACAACAUCGCAAAAGCGGAGCCAGCUACGACAGAAGGAACGCAAGGGUCGGGAAGCACAACUGCGGUGGAGCCCGAAGAAGGCAAGCUGCCGACUCCGCCGCCAGAGAUAGAAGAGGAUCUAAAGAAACCAUCCACCCCCGCCAAGAAAGAGCGCGCGCGGGUCGUCCGCAGUUCCAACACGGCGUCCUGGGGUUUCUGGGGCUCUGCGCCGAAGCCUGCCGAGCCCCGGAAGAAGUCCAAGGACGAGUCCGAAUCUCCGCCGAAGGAAAAGAUGGCGCCUCCGGCAUUGUCGCGCUCGAAAUCGGCCCGUCGGCCGGUGGAUAAAUCAUCGAAGUCCACCGAGGUUGACGCCGGGAAAUCGUCCGACGAGAAAGCGUUGCGACGCGCAUCAACUGCCGCAACACCGAGUCGUUCGAAAUCGACUCGCGCCAGCGGUGGCUUGUCGCUCUUCGGAACCCCAACGCCUCAGCGAUCGAAGUCGACCCGCGAGCGGUCCGAGCGACGACGUGACUCGACCGCCCCUACCGGUCUGACGACUCCGCCGGAAGACGAAAUUGCGGACAAGGCGGCAAAGAUCAUGGGUCUCUCGCAGAGCAAGAGUGCUAAGCAGCGGAGAAAGAGCGUCCCAGACCCCUAUGCGUUGGACGACGAGGACGACGAGGACGACACGGAGGACGGGGACGAUGCUGGUGUCGCUCAUGCGGCCGAACCGCCCCCGAUGUCUCGUGCAGAUUGGAUGGGAAGGCGAAAGUCAAAGCGGGAAUCCAGGCUCGUCGACUCUGGAAUGGAGGACGCCGCUAUGGCCGACGUAGCACCCGACACUACUAUAGGUGCCGGUGACUUCAUCGCCGAGACCCCUCGCCGCGGCCCCACCGCCCGACGUGCCGGCAGCAGUGGCAAGCCCCGCGAGCCCAGCGUCUCAGGCGGUGGCGGCCUCAUGAGCUUCUUCGGCAUGAGCAGCGCCAAGAAGCGCGCUGCCGAAGCGCCCGAUCGCCGGUCCCGCGAAAAGCCCACUCGUCGCGACAACCGCCGCGAGAAACCCUCCCGUCGCGCAACGACCGACGACGAAGGCUUCACCACCGACGCAUACGGUACCCGCGCCACGACGACCAGCACCGACGCCGAAGAAGUCGAAGCCCGCCGCGCCGAACGCCGCGCCGCGCGCCGAGCCGAGCGCGAGCGCGAAGCUGAGCGCGUCCGCGCCGAAGAGGACGCCCGGCGCGAACGCCGUCGACGACGGGAAGAGGACCGCCUCCGUCGCGACGAGGAGGAGGCGGCCGCCCGGAAAGCGGAGAGACGCGCCGCAAGGGAAGAGCGGCGGCGGCAGGAGGACGAGCAACGGCGGCAGGAAGAGGAGGAUUUGCGCCGGGACACCGAGCGGCGGGAGCGGCGGCGGGAGAGGGAGCGAGAGCGGGAGCGAGAACGCCCAAAUACCGAUCGGCGCCGAAGUUAUGCGGAGCAUCGAUCGCGGACAAGCGACGAGGAGCGACGCGCGCGGCACGACGAGCGCAAGGCGCGGCGGCGCAGCGAGCAAGUUGGUCGGACGCCGUCGAGCCGGCGCAAGACGUCAGCGCCAGCGCCAGUCCCAGAGGGGGUAAGUUCGCGGCACGCGGGCAGCGACCCGAUGCGGCCGUAUCUGUCGUCGGGGAAGGACAAGACGUCGUCAUGGGUGCAUAGCGUGAAUAGCUCGCCACCGCCGCCACCGCCGCUGGAAGGGACGGUGAUGGAUGAUCAGCCGAAUCCGGAGGCGGAGGACGUGGGGCGGGCGGUGGAUGAGGAGAGUGACGGGGAGCGGUUGCGGCGAGAGGCGAAAGAGAGGAGGAGGGGCUAUGGCAAGCGGGAGGAUCGGGAGCGGGGACGGGAUCGGGCGCGCAGGUCGACGCAUUAUGAUCUGCCCCAACCCGUGAAGAAGUCGGGGGGGUGGUUGAAGAAGUUGGGGAUAUGA